AUGGCUGAUCAAGUGUCCAUCUGGAUGUAUGAUCCAUCCUUUCCCCUUGCUGUAGUCGGGACUGUAGUCUACGGCAUCAUCUUUCUCAUCCUUGCCUACCAGACUCUUAUCAAAUAUCGAGCUUGGUUCUUUAUCGUUGUCGUUGUAGGCUCAGCCGUUGAGGUUGCCGCCUAUAACCUUAGGAUACAUUCUGUCCAGAACCAGUCCGAGAUAACACCCUUCGUUAUGACACUGACUUACACUGUUCUUGCUCCUGUUCUUAUAGCAGCAGGGAACUACCUCCUCAUCAGCCGUCUCAUCCUCGCUGUUCUUCCUCUAUCUCGUCAUCGAAUCCUCAAGAUUCCAGGCCGACGCCUGACACCAAUUUUCGUUGGAUGUGACAUUGUUGCGUUCCUUGUCCAGGGUAGCGGCUCUGGAAUUGCGAGCUCUGAUAACUGGAAGGGGGAGAUGGAAAGAAUCGGAGUCAAGGUGCUCAUAGCUGGUUUAUCGUUCCAACUCGUCGCCUUCACUCUAUUCCUCUGUGUUUUCAGGCGAUUCCAUGUUCUUGCAGGUCGUAUGGCUGUCGAUAGCGCACCCAAAGGUUGGCAAAAGGUGGUUCUUGCAGUAUACAUUUCUAGUAUCUUGAUCAUGACCCGUUGUAUCUUUCGAGUUAUCGAGUUUGCUGGCGGCAGAGAUUCUUAUGCAUUCAGCCAUGAGUGGCUCUUUUGGGUUUUCGAGAGUUUACCUAUGGUCGGUGCCAUCGGGAUCUUCUGCAUCUAUCAUCCCAGCAAGUACUUGGGUAAACAUGGGGCUCGAUUCAAGGUUGUUCAGCCAGAAGAAAGUGUGGGACUGGCUGAACGACGGAAGUAG